CCCAUGAAAGAAAGACACUAAUGGUUUUUCUCCAACAGGACGGGAAGACAGCAGAAGAGCUCGCUAAAUCAGAGCAGCACGAACACGUAGCAGGUCUGCUUGCAAGACUCCGAAAGGACGCUCACCGGGGACUCUUCAUCCAGCAGCUGCGACCCACGCAGAACCUCCAAUCCAGGAUCAAACUGAAGCUGUUUGGCCACUCGGGCUCCGGGAAGACCACGCUGGUGGAAUCGCUCAGGUGUGGGCUGCUGAGAAGCUUCUUCCGGAGACGCCGGCCCAGACUGUCCUCCGCCAGCUCCACCAGGUUCCCGCCCUCCCCGCUGGCAUCCAAGCCCGCAGGUGUCUAG